CCAUUAAUUUGUUCAAAGACAUGAACGAGAAAUGAGAAUCAUACAUGACAACUUCAUAGACUUAUCCUCUGACAGAAUCUUUCUCCUGCAUAUGUUUUCCCUUCCAAUUUCCUCCACCCAUCCCCUUCAUCAUCUCAGAUACAGAUUUUGUGCUCUUCCACCCCCCUUUUCUUCCCUUCUCCCCUUUACUUAACUUCCCUCGACAAUCUCUCUCUCUCUCUCUCUCUCUCUCUCUCUCUCUCUCUCUCUCACUAAUUCACUCACUCAGAGAGAUAACAAUGGCUGUUGCUGUCAAUGCUGCUGUGACUCUGCCAUCUUCCAAGACAUCGUCGUCCCCUUCCAUCAGAUUCUCUUCCAUAGCUCCCGAGAGAAUCGCCUUCUCCAAGGGUGUUGGGUACCUCAAGAAUGGACUGGUCACAGGAGGGAAGGCGGCGUCCAUUAGGGCGCAGGUGGCAACCGAGACGCCCACCAAGGUCGUGAAGGAGUCCAAGAAGGAUGACGAGGGAGUGGUGGUGAACAAGUUCAAGCCCAAGAACCCGUACAUCGGCACAUGCCUCCUCAACACCAAGAUCACCGCCGAUGAUGCCCCCGGAGAGACCUGGCACAUGGUCUUUAGCACCGAGGGGGAGGUUCCAUACAGAGAAGGGCAAUCCAUUGGUGUUAUAGCAGACGGGAUAGACAAGAAUGGGAAGCCCCACAAGCUCAGAUUGUACUCUAUUGCCAGCAGUGCUCUUGGGGACUUCGGGAACUCUAAAACUGUUUCCCUGUGUGUCAAGAGGCUCGUCUAUACAAACGAACAAGGAGAAAUAGUGAAAGGAGUCUGCUCCAACUUCUUGUGUGACCUCAAGCCCGGGGCUGGAGUACAGAUCACCGGACCAGUUGGUAAAGAAAUGCUCAUGCCUAAAGAUCCGAACGCCACCAUCGUCAUGCUUGCUACUGGAACUGGCAUUGCUCCAUUCCGCUCUUUCUUGUGGAAGAUGUUCUUCGAGAAGCAUGAUGACUACAAGUUCAAUGGAUUGGCUUGGCUCUUCUUGGGUGUUCCAACGAGCAGCUCAUUGCUCUACAAGGAGGAGUUCGAUAAGAUGAAGGAGAAAGCACCAGAGAACUUCAGGGUCGACUAUGCCGUAAGCAGAGAACAAACGAACGAGAAUGGCGAGAAAAUGUACAUCCAAACCCGAAUGGCCCAAUAUGCAGAGGAACUCUGGGAACUGCUCAAGAAGGACAAUACCUAUGUCUACAUGUGUGGACUCAAGGGAAUGGAGAAGGGAAUUGAUGACAUAAUGGUCUCCUUGGCUGCAAGAGAUGGCAUUGAUUGGUUGGAGUACAAGAGACAGCUGAAGAAAUCGGAGCAAUGGAACGUCGAAGUCUACUGAUUUACAAGUGGUUCUGUGAAUAACCCAUUUUUGCGUGAUUUCCAUAAGAUACAGAAAGAUGGAAAAUUUCCUGUAACCUGUGUUAAUAUUCUUUUUUUCCCCGGUUUUGGGGUUAGUCGUGUACAAUCACACCAUCUUAAUUCAGGGAAAUCAUAGCAGUAUCGAAAUGAAGGUGCUGAAUCUGGAAUUUUUCAGCUCCUUGAUCAAUAGUUCUUGUUGCUCGACUCAGGUAUAUAAUGAAGUGGCCUUUGAUUGACUGUCA